GGGGCUGUGUCUCUGUGUGUGUGUGUGUGUGUGUGCAAUGAGAGAAGGUGACUCAGAAAUGCUCGUAUUAUUAUUAUUAUUAUUGCACAACUUACAGUUGAUGCACAAACUUAGCGCCACUGACCCGCUGGCGGGGAAACGCGCCUUAGAGGAGGCAAUGCUCGAAACGUCUGUUGGUGGCGGUGGCUUUGGGGAAUGUUACGCACUCGGUGACUGUGACCAGAGGAGGAGAGGAGGAGGAGGAGAGGAGAGGAGGAGGAGGAGGAGGAGGAGAGAGAGCAAAGCAAAGCGAAGCCAAGUUCCGAGGGAUUCCGGCAAAGAGCAGCCGAUCGCACCUUUGGAAACCUCAGCGUUGUCUUUAUUUUUUUUUGUGGACGUGAUAUAAAACGGGACGAUCGUAACAGCAGAUCAGGGUAUCGCUCGCCCCGGACUGUGCGGAACCUGGGACAUUGCAAUGAUGGGACUCGAGUCUGAAGAGAAAGUGGAAAUAGACCCGAAGGUCAAGGCGGACCGUGUCCGAAGAAACUUAUUCGGUCCCGUCGAUCACGAGCAACUGCAGGAGGACUUUCAGCGAUUACUGUGGACAAGUAUUGAAGUUGCCAGGCAAAAAUGGAACUUUGAUUUCAUAAGGGAAAUCCCAUCAGCGGGGACUCUCGAAUGGGAAGAGCUGAGUUGCCAAGAUGUCCCGGCUUUUUACAGGAGCUGCGUUAUCCGUGGAAGGAAACAUUUACAAGGACUGCAGGGGGCAACGCUGCAGAACAGCAGCUGCUCACAACAGCCAGAGGUUCAAGCCCAGGAAAGGAAAACCCAGGGGACACCUCAGCCAAAGAAAAGGAGACAGACCUGCAUGACAGAUUACUAUUCUGCUAAAAGGAGGUGCACAAGCGAAACCGAUUACAGCAGCAAAGAGUAGCAUUCAAGGAUAAAUGAAGCACAAAUAAUCUCUUAAAUAGCCACGUGUCAAUGAAGAUAAAGCUGCCAUGGGUUCCCGAAGAAAAUGUAGCACAAAUGUCUUUCAUAGUCAACCAUCAUAGAAUUCUUACCAGGGCUGCAUUUUAUCUACAAAUUAGAUACGUUUUGUUUGUGAAACAAAGCAACAAAUCUAUAUUCAGAUAGGACUUCUAUCAAUAGUGGAAUAUUUGGAUUUUGUUGAUGUAAUCAAAAGUGCUUGUUUUUUGAUAACUUACAUGGCCAAAGAUUUGAACUCUGUUCAAAACAACAACAAUCUUACCUCUUCAUUCAAUGCUCCUUCUUUUAAAAGAAUCGAGACUCUUUUCUUGUGUUGCAGGGUGUUAAACUAGAAAAUGGGGAUCAAUAACAAUUUCCUAAUAACAAUUAGCAGCAGUUUAUGAGUUCAACUUUCGUAUUUAGUCCUGUUUUAAAACAAUCUCUUUCCAUUUCUUCUCCCCUCGUUUGGUAUUGAUGGUGGCUAUAGGAUUAAACUGAUGGAGUACUUUUAAAUAAGUAAUUCAUUGAGUAUUGAGAUGGCAAAUUAUUCAUCCAAGCCCCAAAAUGUCUUACUACCUUGCAACUCAUUUUGAACUGUUGUUCUUUAUUAUAUGUAGGUGAUAUAUAAUAUGUAGAAAUGACGAUUUUUGAAAUUUUUUCUUUGAGUUUGUUUUACUACUUUUGCUUCUUGUUGAUGUUUGGGUGUUAUUGGGGAACAUGGCUAAUAGUCCCACUAAUGUGUGCAAUGGGUUUAGGUCAGAAGUAAUAUUGUACCAAGUGGUGAGACCAGAGAUGAUAUCAGGAUUUAGUUACUGGCUGGAGUAGUGGAUAAUUUGCCUCUACCAUCUAGGUUAUGAUUCUGUAAUUCAGCAUUUCCCCAGCAAAGAAAAAGCCUCGAAACAACAACAAAAUUACAUUUGUAUAGCUCCUUUCACGUUGGGAGGACGUCCCAAGACGCUGGACAGACUCAGAGUUACGGACCCAAGCUGGGUUCAGGGUGGGGGAGGGUGGAGGGCAGGGUGGGGAGCAGGGAGAUCGAAGUACAUGGUCUCUUGCACUCUCUGGUCUUAGACCACUAAUGGCUAUGUCUCAGCACCAGUACUUCAGAGAAUAAUUGUAGGAAAGGUAGAGAUAACAUUUUACAUUAGCAAUUACUCAAUACAUACUGUAUUCAGUAGCAAAUAGCUGGCAAUGAGUUUAACCCGUAGCAUGUUCGUGGCUUUGCAGAGUACCUUCUCUUUUCAAAUCGUGCCGUGAGAUUGUUAACAUCCACAUGACCGGGUAGAAGGGACUUCAGUUUGAUAUGUCAUCUGAGAAGAAUAACACCUCUGACAAUACCGUGCUUCCCCCAGCACUUCAUUAGGAGUGUGAGCUUUGACUGUGAGCUCAAAAUCCUACCUCGGAGCAUGAACUCGCAAUCUGACACAAAGGGGAGCUUGCUUGCAACUGAGCCAGGCUGACAUACAAACUGCAAGAGCUUCACUCUUGCAAUUUAUGUUGUUGUGGUUUCUCAGCUGAAAUGACAUCUUGUAACUCACUGCCAGCUAUCCAUUAUAAUAUUAAAUAACAAGCAUCGCAGCUAGUUGGCAAGUGUUUGUGUGUCUGUGUGUGUAGGAUAAUGAAUUUAAGUGGAUAAUGAAUGAUAUAGCAAAUUGCUAAGUAAUAGCUGUUUAGAGGGUAUGUUUCAGUUCUGUAUGCAGUGCUGCCUAUAUCUAGGAUCAUAUCCUGUUCUUGCCGUUACUUCUGAAAAGUAAACAUGCUCAUGACUAGAGUGCAGUGGAAUCCAUCAAUCUAAAACAAAUAAUGAAAUGCAGGUAGAAAUGUAUUUCCAUCAGUAAAAAUACAACAUCUAUGGUUUGAGUCCAAUUUUAUCUCAGCUUGCUUGUACUUUCUAAUGCAAUAAAUGGGAGUGGGGGCCAGCAAUGUACUCUUGUAAUUUUACGAUCCACUUGUUUCUAUCCCACAAUUCGUUAUGAAGUUUGUGUGACUAUAGAGCCUAAAUGGAUACUACUUGAGCAUUUAUGAUUUCAAAUGCUGUAUCCGUAGCUAUGAAAGAUAUUACCUCUGGCUUUUUUUUUGCAAAGCUUGGUGGAUGAAAUCCUCAGGAAGAGGAAGCCUUUUUUGUUCUCAGGUAAAUAAGGAUUGAUCUGCAGAAAGCUCUGUUGUGGUCAUCCCGAUUGCCUAGCUUUCCACCCAGUUCACAUCUCUUAGUCUAUAGAGGGUACCGAUUGUAGACAAAAAGUAUUUACACAACUACCUUACAAUAUAAAAAUGCUGCAUUCUACUAUAAAAUUGAUGUUUGUUCAAUAAUGUUUUUUUUAAACUGGUAUUUUGUGUUUCUGUAUUUGCACUACAUGCGAAUGUCCAACUUCUGUAUAUUUAAAUAGUAUAUAUUUCUAUGUAAAUAUCCUUUGUGCUGGUAUUCUGAAUAAAGUAAUUGAAUAAUGA